CCCUUUGCCCUCCCUUCUCCCACUUUCGUGGCUGCAUCUGGUGGCUCAGACUUUGUCUCUCCGUCCCCCAUCCAUUCUUUCCCAUUUUCUCCAUUCUUCUCUCGAUCUCUCUCUCACAAGAUCAACCAUCUUCUCUGCUCAUCGAACUCGCUUUCGCUUGCUUGGGAUCUGGCAUCCCCCCGUGCGAGUGGGCGUGGGAGCAAAAUGUCCUUCGUUCAUAUGAUUUACCUGCUGCUGAGCGUCUGGCUAUGUCGUCCCAUCUUGGCUCAAACCAAUAUCUUUAUAUCGGACCAGUCACCACUGGUGUCGUUCCAUCCCGAAUGGGUCGACAGCGGGAUCACGAACAAGACGACCAAAGAGGCCAGCUGGAAUAUCACAUACUCUGAGGUUUCGUGGUCAGGCGUGGACAUCACCAGUGGACCCGUAGGACAGGGAUGUUCGACUCACUGGACAGAGGCCACAGAUGCUUCCAUAUCGAUGCAAUUUUCAGGCAUUUCGCUCUAUGCCUGGGGCAACAUCACGGCGCGCGGAGGCGAGGGCAAUGCAUCGUUGGCGUAUGGAAAUACAACACUCAACAUUGACGGCAAGAAUGUCUCGUCGUACGACCCCGUCAAUGGGACAUUGGGGAUGAUCAGCGGCGUCAGCGCGGGCUGGCACAAUGCGACAAUUUACUAUGAAGGGAGCGGAAGAUUGUAUUUUACAGGUUUCACCUUGACUUUGAACAUACAGGACGAUUUUAACACUACUUACUUGGCGACCAAUGGAAGCUCAACGCAUCCCAUCAAUCCUGCUUUCAAUCUCUCGGGAUCAGACGGUGACGAUUGGUCCUUGCAAUCGAUCGCUACCCGUGCGUGGCCUCACAUUCGGUGCUGUAGCUGACUGCUCAUCACAGAGGCUCCGGUACAGCUUAUUUCCGGCUCCAAUUUCUCCACUCUUUCCUUCGAUGCUCCUGUCAACUCUUCAGCCAUCAUCCUGUUCGGC